AACGUCAGUGUCAAAGUACCCAGAGCGAAUUAAGCUCAAAAUGAGUUAGUUUUGUAAUUUGUUAUUAAAUAAACACCGGUGCUACAUAUAUAAGGAAAACGGAAAUUACCACUGCAGUAUGUUGUCUUUAAUUAGAAGCAGACUACUUUUAGGGAUAAGACCCUUGAAAGAACCAUUUUCACGCAAACUGGUUCAUCAGAAUAGGGUCCAUCGUGUCCCACCUCCAGUUAAAGCGACUAAUACUACGCCACCGAAAAUUUCACCAUUUGGAUGGAUGCUGCUGGCCAUUCCUACUACAACCUUUGGUCUGGGCUGUUGGCAGGUCCAUCGGAAGCAAUGGAAGGAACAACUGAUACGAAACUUGGAGUCACGUAUACACAAGGACGCAGUUCCUUUACCGGAUAAUUUAUCUGAACUAGACGAAAUGGAAUACCAGAAGGUUGUCGUACGUGGAGAGUUCCUGCACGAUCAGGAACUGCAUUUAGGACCUCGCGCACUCAUCCAGGGAGGUGAUUCAAAAACAGCGGGCGGAUUGUUCACUCAAAAAGAAGGAUCAAUCGGUUACUGGGUUAUUACACCGUUUCAGCUGGAAGGCAGGGAUGAUAAAAUAUUGAUUAAUCGUGGGUGGGUUCCCGCAAAACAGCUCAAUCCAGCAACUCGCCAAGCAGGACAAAUAAAAGGAGUCGUCGAGCUGGAAGCGGUUGUUCGCUUACCAGAGACCCGUCCCCAGUUCACUCCAAAGCAGCGCGGAGCAAUUUUUAUGUACAGAGAUGUUCCGAAGAUGGCUCAAAUUUGCAAUACUGAACCAUACUAUUUGGAUGCAGCGGUGUCUACCACCGUGCCGAACGGCCCCAUUGGAGGACAAACGAGGAUAACACUGCGAAAUGAACAUUUAUCUUACAUUUUUACUUGGUUCAGUUUAUCUGGUUUCACCGGUUGGUUAUGGUUUCGACAAAUUGUCCGGGGAAAAGGGUUUUAACUGUCAAGUAGAAUUGUGUCAAGAUUAGUAAAUUUGUUAUGUAUUUAAUUUAUCCACAAAAAAAAACAAGAAUCAAUAAAAAAUAAACUAUCUA